GCAAGCGCCGCCAGCUCAUCGGCGAGCUCACUCGCGGUAUCUAUCGUAGGCCGCCGCGCAACCACGCUUCUGCUGGAACCAUUUGCUUCCGUUUAGCAUGUUCUAAACCAUGUGCGCCCAGCAUGGCCACUGUCCGAAUUUGUGUUUGCGGCGAUGAGGGCGUCGGCAAGAGCUCCAUCAUCACGUCGCUCGUCAAAGAUGUCUUCGUCACGGCCAAGAUCCAGCCUGUCCUCCCCCAAGUCACCAUCCCGCCCACGCUCGGCACGCCAGACAACGUAACAACCACCAUCGUCGACACCUCGGCGCUGCCCCACGAACGCCAUGCGCUCCGCAAAGAGCUCCGCAAAUCCAACGUGAUACUGCUGGUGUACUCGGACCACUACAGCUAUGAGCGCGUCGCCCUGUUCUGGAUGCCGUACUUCCGGUCCCUGGGCGUCAAUGUGCCCGUGGUGCUCUGCGCGAACAAGGCCGAUCUGGCGUCCAACGGGACAACGUCGCAGGUCGUCGCCGACGAGAUGCUCCCCGUCAUGACUGAGUUCAAGGAGAUCGACUCGUGCAUCCGGACCAGUGCAAAAGAACACCACAACAUCAACGAGGUCUUCUUUCUGUGCCAAAAGGCCGUUACGCACCCCAUCGCACCGCUAUACGAUUCCAAGGAAAAUGCAUUGAAACCCGCUGCGGUAGCCGCUUUGCAGCGUGUGUUCCACCUCUGCGACAAGGACAAGGAUGGCUAUUGGAAUGACGAGGAAAUUCACGAUUUCCAGAUCAAGUGUUUUGAGAAGCCAUUGGGAGAGGAUGACUUGGCCAACAUCAAGCGGUCCAUUGAAAGAUCAGUCCCAGCAUCUACUGGGGAGCAUGGGAUGGACGAGAAGGGCUUUCUGUUGCUGAACAAGAUAUUCGCUGAGAAGGGUCGCCACGAGACAAUCUGGAUCAUCCUCAGGAAAUUCAACUACACUGACAGUCUUAGUCUUCAAGAUACAUUUCUCCAUCCCAAGUUCGAUGUACCGCAGUACUCUUCGGCUGAGCUAAGCCCCGCUGGGUACCGUUUCUUCGUGGACCUCUUCUUGAAGUUCGACAGAGACAAUGACGGAGGCUUGAACGACAAAGAGCUUGCUAAUCUGUUCGCACCUACACCUGGCGUUCCUGCGUCCUGGGUCGAUUCGGCAUUUCCAUCAUGCACGGUACGCAACGAAGCUGGAUACAUUACUUUGCAGGGAUGGCUGGCGCAGUGGAGCAUGACGACCUUCGAAGAGCCCAAGACGACGCUUGAAUACCUCGCCUAUCUUGGCUUUGAGAGUGGCGAUCGCGGCGGAACGACCAAUGCGCUGAAAGUCACCAAGGCGCGCAAGAGGCGUAACAAGCCUGGGCGAGUGGAGCGCACCGUGUUCCUGUGCUAUGUUUUGGGCUCCAGCGGGAGCGGGAAGAGCGCGCUGUUGUCGUCAUUUCUGCAACGGCCGUUCACCAGCAUGUACCACCCGACCAUCAAACCGCGCUCAGCUGUGAACAGUGUAGAGCUGAAAGGCGGCAAGCAGUGUUAUCUCAUUCUGGAAGAGCUUGGCGAGUUGGAGCCAGCCAUUCUCGAGAACCAGGCCAAGCUCGAUGCUUGCGAUCUGCUCUGUUACACGUACGACUCGAGCGACCCCGACAGUUUCACCCACAUCGUGGAGCUACGAAAGAAAUACCCCCACCUCGACCAUUUGCCGGCAGUCUACACCGCCCUCAAGGCCGAUCAAGACAAGACGAUGCAGCGAUGCGAGCAGCAGCCCGAUGAAUACACAAGUACGCUCAACAUGGCUGCUCCCCUGCAUGUGAGUGCAACCUGGAGCAGCAUAUCAGAGCUCUUUGUCCACCUGGCUGAGUGUGCAACACAUCCCUCUACGGCCUUCCCGAAGCAGGACGAGGAGCCCUACGACAACUUGAACUUGUAUCUUGCGCUGGGCGCUGUGACAUGUGCAGUAGCAUCUGCCGUCUUCAUCUGGAAACGCAACGGCGCGUCUUCAUAGUUUCUGAACCUCUCUACUUUUGACCACCGUUAACAUAUAGAUGCAUGGGAGCGAGUGGAGUUAUCUGAACAACGGGUAGCUAGACGUUAGUGUGUAAUCGAUAAUCAACCCU